UGGAUUCUAACCCUUUUAGAGAGGAGUCGGCUCCGAAGCGAAGCUCUGUCUCAAGUAGAAUCCGUUUCCAACAUGUUCUUCCUGCUCUAAUUGAAGCUUGAAUUGGGGACUAUUGUUUAGAGCUUAGGUUAUCUGCUUUACAAGUCAUGUCUGUACAAAAUGAAGAUGAUACUCAGCUUUCAUCUCACUUUUAUGGGGGUCUCUUGGAUUCCAUAAUUGUUGAUGUUGCAUCCGAGUGUCAUCGGACAGCAAAGUUGGGCCUUGAUCAUAAUUUGGAGGAAGAGGAAGAAGAAAUGAGGUUAUCGGCACAAGCCCGAGCAAGGGUAGCUGAUCCUAGUAACAGUGGUGAAACAAAUAACAAGUAUGUGGUGGAUAUAUUUGGACAAACACACCCUUCUGUUGCCAGUGAAAUAUUUGAAUGCAUGAACUGUGGGAGAUCCAUUUCUGCAGGGAGGUUUGCUCCUCACUUGGAGAAAUGCAUGGGAAAGGGUAGAAAGGCUCGUCUCAAGGUUACUAGGAGUACCACAUCUGCACAAAACCAUUAUUCACGAGGCAGCCCUGUUUCCACGCAUUCAUCAUUUUCAAAUUCUACGAGCACAAAUCGGUUAUCAAAUGGAACACCUGGUGUUGCAGGUGAGGAGUACUCCAAUGGCACUUACGAGGGACCAUGAAACAAACUGGAGCAAAGGCUAUUAACAUGUCAAUAUACUCGAUGUGUAAUGAACCUAGUUAAACUGAACUCCAAGUUGUCUCGCCAUCUUUUUCAAAAUGUGUUGGGUGAACUGAGACAUUAGUUUGGUUGGAGGCAACAUUUAUGAAGGUUUGAAUUUGCCGAAGUUUUUGGAUGCGUUUGAACUGUAUGUUUUGCUCUUUUAUUGGUGGUGUUAAUUUUGUAUAAAAGACAAAAAGGGCGGUAGGGAUUGAAGGAAAUAGACAUGAGAGCAUCAUUCUCAUUUCACUUGA